AUGUCUCUGUGGAGUGCCUACAAAUCCCUCACCCCCAAAACCCGGGCCCUCUUCGGCGCCGGCGUCAUGGCCUGGGCAACGAUCGGGCUAUGGACAACACCUCAAGUCGAGAACGCUCUAGGCAUGCAAUCUACAAAGGAGGAACAAGAUGCUCUCGAUCGUAAAUUGGCUGUGCGCAUCUCUCGCAUUGAACCCGAAGAGAGUCGUCCCAAUUAA